AUGAAGUGGACCGACGAUUUUGUCAUUCAAUUCAUAAAUACUUGUGAACAAUACCCUGAGCUGUGGGAUGCAACAAACUCCCAAUGUAAAAUAAAAUUUAAAAAAAGUGAAGUGUGGGAUUCCAUCGCGACAGACCUCGGCGUGGAUGUGGCCGAAUUAAAAAAAAAAAAAAAGACCAGCUUAUUAGCCACUUACAGAAAAGUCCGACAGAUGAAGACUCUGAUUGGGAAGUCUUGCGCUGGGGUUGAGGAAGUUAACGCUCCAAAUUGGUUCAUUUUCAAAGGAUUUGAAUUUCUGCACUGCAAAUAUCAGCUGCGGAAGACAAUCAACACAGAUAUAAGUAAAAUAUAUUUAUUUUUGGAAAUAAAAAGGGCCGAAGAUCCUCGUAUAGGAGAGGCAUACAAUGCACUACAAACUGCUUUAUCUAAAACUAGAGACGAGUUUGACGCCUAUGGAGAGUACAUAGUGAACAUUAUACGGUCCAUGGACAACAGAACACGUGCUUUUGUUAAAAAAGAAUUUUCCGACACGAUUUUCAGAGCAGAAAGCGCCUGUUUCGAACAUUCUAGACCAAGUUCAACCAACAGCAACUACAGUUGCUCGUCGCAUUUACCGAUUUCUUCAACUCAACAAGUUCAUGCCCAUGAGCAGAUGCAAAGCAACUUCCAACAGACAUUUACUUCUACUUCUGACAACACCGAACAAGGCUUUCCACAUUUUCUGGAUCUGCUUGAUUUAUAA